ACCUGUAAGGGUAUUGCCGACCCUAGUGUAAACAUAUUAACUAAACGAAAUGGUUUGUAACGAGAAUGCAACUACUGCGACGAGAGUCCGAGUGACAAAAUAUGACGUAGUCUAAUAAUUUUAUAAACUAUUUGUAAGAAACGCGUUAAUAAUUCAGCAUGUACAUGUUAGAAAUACCAUGUUUCGUAUGCGUGUCUACCUACCUAUAUCAAAAAAAAAAAAAAUUAAACUUUAAAUUUUACACAUAAUAUUUGACAAGCCAACCGGAAUUUUUUGUCGAUAUUAACGAUAAUAUUAUAAUGUAUAAUAUUAUAUAUUUAAUAUUAAAACAGUUGUACACGUGUAGGUGACUGCAUAUAAAAGUAUUUGAUCAAUUUCACAAAUUAAAAUAACUGGGCACAACAAAUAAAUCACCGAAUUACAAAAGGAAAAAACUGAUUGACUUGUCAGUAAAUAUCCGAUAUCGUUGUACCACUUUCUUUAAUAUAACCUAACUCUUGGUUAAAGGAUCUGAAAAUUGUGAUAACUGCUGACCGUGCAGUAUUUUGAUAACAGGGAACUCUCGAAAAUGUCGGCCGAAAAUCGGUACACGAGUUUAUUAGGUAUAUACAUAGUACGGGUGAUGAAAAUUUUUUAUUAUUUAAUUCAAUUAAAGAAGUAUCCAAACGAUUUCAAAUUUGUUUGAUGACGUCAUGUCGGCAUUAUUUUGCUCUGGGUACGCUGGGCAACUGCUGCAACAGCCGCCACUUCUACCACCACCACCACCACCGUUGUUCAUCUCCUUGCAAUACAAAACCAAACUCGACACGAAGUUAUGACCGCGGCCGAACGAUCUGAUGCUUACAGUAUUUUAACACCACGCCAUGUUGUAAUACGUUUUUUUUUUCUAUAGUUUUGCGUCGUAGAACGGUAUUUUGUAAUAUUAUUACUGCCAAAUUUAUUUGGAUUUUCACCCAACUAUCUACUGGUAAGUAAUUAUAUUCAUGUUAUUAAUAUUUUAAAUUUACACUCGUGAUUUACUGUAGAACUAUAUUAUUGUUUAGAUAUAGUGGACUAGUGGCAUAGUAUUUUUCUAAUACAGACUCUGGAAUAUAAUCACGUGUUAAAAUGAAGAGGUCUCAAGUUCCGCCACAACAGUAUUAUAAGAAAUUUAAACCAUCAAACGACAGACACAAUAUGAUGGAAGGACGCUUACUGCCAUCAUUUCCGAUAUUCACUGAUGCUGAAAUGAGUACGUUUAAACCUCCGCCGAACAUACAGACUUCAGGUUUACUAUCUAAGGACAAUGUUUGUGCCCAACAAGAAAGAUAUAUCGAUUUAUGGCAGCCAGAUUAAAUCAAAUACAAUAAUAACAAUAAUAUAGGUGCCACUGAUUCGUGUUCAAAUAUAAAUAAAAUAUUCCUUUUAUAUUUAAGUUCUAUAAAAAUAUAAAAUUCACAUUUAACAAUAUUUUCAAUGUUGCCAUACCAAUUAUGUAAUUUUAAAGAAUUGUCAAGCUAUCAUCAUUCCGCAAUGAAUUUUGUUCACUAAUAUUUAAUAUUAUAUUAUUCAUAUAUUUUUUGUAUAUCUUGAAGUGAGUAAGAUUUCAUUGACUGACUCAUCCAACAAACAGAUUUCAUUUUUUUAAGUCAAAAGACAUUGCUCAAAACAUGAUUUGAUGUUGCUUGAUUAAAUCAAAAAUAAAUAAUAACAAUGGAUAGAUAGAUACUACUAAUUUGUGUUCAAAUAAAUAAAAUAUUUCUGUUAUGUUGAAUUUUUGUAAAAAAAAAAAAAAACAUAUUUUGUCCCCCAAAAUAUUAAUAUGAAUUAAUAAUUUAAGUUUUAUAUUGAUAAAAUCAUAAUCAUUACAUAUUAUUAAUAUAAUUACAUAUUUUUGUUACUUAAAAUUUAUUUUAUUUUUUUAUUUUUUUACACUCCAGUUUUUUUAAUAAACUUAUUAAUUUAUAAUACUUAGACCAUAGUCGAAAAAAUGUUAAUUUUAAGUUUAUCAGAUAUUAUGUAUUGGUAUGCCAUAAUAUUAUAAAUUAUAAUCAUGUAUGUUUAAAAACAUAAUAAUGUUUCUUCUAUAUUAAUCAUUAAAUAUAAAAAAACACGCUCAGAACCUAUAAAUAAAUAAAAUAUUUCAUUAUUUAA